GUGAGAGGUGAGUGAGACUAUCUUGACGCAUGUUGCAUUUGUUUUGAUUGUAUAUUGAAAUGCGGCAGUGCGCUGCAGAAACAGCAAGACAUAGGAGUGACACAAUUUUGAAAUGUUCACGAACUGUCACUUGACACUGCGCCUUUUAGGUGCAAUAUGGAAUCGAAACAGUGUUGUGUUUUUUCUUUGGAUUCUGGUGACAUUUCUGCACACCUGUUGCAGUUCAGCAUCCGAUGUUAACAGGAUUGUAACGAACAAUGAAAUAACUGUGCCGCACGGUAGAUCCUUUUAUGUGAAUCCAGACUCUCACUUGACUAUACAUCAAAAAAGGGGAGAACAGUGUUCUGUUACAGUUCUGCAAAAUGACCCAUUGUCACAGUUCCCUGGGAAAUUGUUUCCAUCUGAAUUUCCAUGCAGUUUUGGACCUAAGGAUGUAAAAUAUACACACUUUGGAUCGACUUUUCCCAGUUUUGAUAAAGUGCGCCUACUCAUUCGCAUUGAUUCUAGUUCCAAUACUCAAAUCAUUCCAGUAACCUUAUCUUUUCAUAUCACAUUUCGUCUACCGUUCCAGGUUGUGCUUAGAAAUCUACCAUUAACUGUAGAACAUUUUUUAAGUAGUAGUGAUGUAAUAAGAGAUUUAAAUACUCAAUUUAAUUAUGACAGGGAUAAUCAGAUAUGUAAAUUAAGUAUUUUGUCAGGAAUGAAAAAUUUACCACGUUACGGGUAUGUUGUAAACAACGCCUCAUCAGUAUCAUUCAUUGAUUGUGAUAAGUUUUUGCAAAUGAACUUGCAGUAUAAACAUACAUCAAAGGUAAAUUCACCAAACAAGGAUUAUAUUCCAUUAGUUUUAGAAUUGUUAGAAAGAGACGGAACUUUCGUUAAUCAGGAAUAUUUUUUGAAAGAGGUGGUAAUAAAAGAUGGUUCACCUAAUUCUGCUCCUCAUUUAAAUCAGAAAGCUCGUCUUGCAAUUGAAACAACCAAGUAUGGUAUUAAUCAGUUUAUCAUGACUGCAAUUUCACCCAAAAUACUGAGUGCAACUGAUGCUGAGACAGUGAGCGAUAGACUAAUUUUCAAUAUAACACGCCCUUUAGGACCAAAUGAAGGUGAAAUUGUAAGCACAGAUGACCAGAAUAUUAUACUGCGUUCUUUUUACCAGAAAGAUAUUUUUGAUUUAAAGAUUGCUUUUAAGCCACCAAAUGAUGAUUCUAACAUUCCAAGAACAUUUGAAGUAGGUUUGGAAGUGAUAGAUGAAGAAGGCUUAAAAUCCGAUCCAUUUUCAUUAAUGAUAAUAGUUCAUCCAAAGCAUACAUUGGCACCUAUAGCAACAAAAAAUAUUGGACUGCAACUGUUUGAAGGUCAGUCAAGAAAUAUAACUUUUAUGCAUAACUUAAAAAUUUCUGAUGAAGAUGAUCUCAACAAUGUAAAGAUUUCUGUAGUUGAUGGAACUCGACAUGGCAUAUUAGUUUUACCAGGUGGGAGACAGUAUUUUACACCAAACGAUCUCAAUGCAGGGACAGUUAUAUAUCAACAUGAUGGUAGUGAUACUCAUAGUGAUAAUAUUGUUUUCCGUAUGACUGAUUCUAAACACACUGUAGAAUUUUUAUUUCCAGUCAUUAUUUUUCCAGUAGAUGAUGAACCAGCAACUCUUACUGUCAACAUUGGCCUUGAAUUAAAGAAAAACGGAAUGGCUCCUAUAUCACAGUUUGUCCUCAGUGCAUCAGAUAUAGACAGUGAUGAUUCUUCUAUUCAAUUCAUUUUGCUACCUCCCUAUUCCACUGAAGGUAUUAUUUUAAAGCGUCAAUUCGAAAUCCCAAAUGACAUUCAUAAUUGGCAGAACAUUCAUGGAAUAUAUCAACGUCCUGUUGAUCGAUUUACUCAAAUGGACAUCUUGGACAAUAAACUGUUUUAUCGACAUGUAGGACCACACCAUACAUCAGAAGUAAUUGAUAAAAUACAGUUCUCUCUAAUGAGUGGAGAAAAAAUAAAAACUGUCUCAGAAACUUACAAAUUUUUAGUGAAGAUCUACCCAGUGGAUGAUAAACCACCUACCAUUGCACCAGACACACAGCUCAAUUUUACUGUGACAGAAUUUCAGGUUACACCUUUUAAACGUAAGAAUUUAUUUUUUAUUGACAGUGAUACUAAUGAAUCAAAGCUAAAAUACCACAUCACAAGAUCACCAUUUGACCAGGACUCUUACGUACAUUUAGAUGCUGGACAAAUUGUAAUGUGUGAUCAACUAAACGUAGCAGUCACCACUUUUGAGCAAGCAGAAAUCUUCCAUCAAAAGAUUUGUUAUCGUCCUCCUUCUUCUGAGCAAGGACUGACUGAGCGUAGAAUACAGUUUUAUUUUGAAGUAGAAGAUUCAAGUGGCAACAUAUUACCUAAUCAGCAUUUCACAAUAAUUUUAAUUCCAGUAAAUAACCAGCCACCGAUUGUGACAAAUAUGGGGGCCACUGUUCUAGAAAAUAAGCAAGUUGUGUUGAACACACAGGUGAUUGAUGUUCAACAUGUUCAAGAUCCAGAUUCAAAUCCAAACAUGAUACAAUUCACAUUGAUAAAACUACCAGAUUUUGGAAGCUUGCUUAAAGGACAACAAUUUUUAGAUGUGUCCGACACAUUUUCCUAUACAGAUCUGUUUUCUGGGAAUGUAGUUUAUCAGAGUAAGGAAAAUGAUGAAAAAAGUGAUUUAAUUAACCUUGAAGUAACAGAUGGUGUACAUGUUGUACCCAUAGGGGUUCGAAUUACUGUUAAAAAAAUGGAGGAAAAACCAACACUAGAUUUAAAUGGAAAAAAGAAACUAAAAUUGGAAUUUGAAGUAAAUGAAGGAGGAUUUAUAGUUUUAUCUUCUGAAUAUAUAAAGAUGAAAAAUGUUGUUGAACCAAAAGAGAUAAAAUUUCAUGUGAAAUCUAGGGCAUUAGAGGGUUCAGUUGUUUUAGGGAAUUGGCCCACAAAUCAGUUUACAUACCAAGAUGUACUGGAUAAAAAAGUACAAUAUAAACAUCAGGGUUCAGAUGUGGGAUAUAAUGGAAAAACAGAUAGAUUUGUUUUAGUAUUGCAUGGAAAGGACAUGGUAGGAGAAAGACCAGAGAUAACUGUUAAUAUUUAUAUACUCCCAGUAGACAACAUUGCACCAAGAAUAUUGCCAGCUGCACCUUUUAGUGUAUAUGAAGGUGAAAAGGAAAGAAUUUUACCUCGUCACUUAGAUGUUGUAGAUGAAGACACUAAAGAUGAAAAUGUUCAGUGUAUAAUAACCACUCAGCCUACCAAAGGGUACAUUGAAAAUAUCUCGCCAGCUCCCGGAUCGGAAAAAUCCAGGGUAGGCAUGUCAGUCACUGCAUUUUAUAUUGAAGAUGUCAGACUGGGUCACAUGAACUAUGUCCAGAGUAUUCAUUUUGGUGAAGAGCCUAAACAUGAUAUAUUCACCUUCAAAUGUACAGACGGAGUAAACAUCUCACCAGAGGCAAGUACAUUCCACAUAUCUAUUUUUCCAAAAAAUGAUGAAAGUCCGAAAGUUUUCAUCAGGGAAUUUAUUGUAAUGGAAGGAAUGGAACUUAAAAUAGAUUCUCCCAUCUUGUCGGCAGUAGAUGAGGAUGUUCCAUCAGAUGAAAUAACUUUUAUCAUACACACAUUUCCACAGCAUGGACAGAUAGUACAACAACGAAGAACAGGUAUCAUUCCUAUAACUCAGUUUACAAAGUCUGACAUUGUAAGAUCGUCAACAAUAAUGUACCAACACGACAAUACAGAAUCGUUUCAAGACUCUGUAGAGUUUAUUGUCACUGAUGGGCUGCAUAAUGUUACACAGAACAUUCCUAUUAUAAUUAUACCCGUGGACGAUGAAACACCAAGACUUACAAUAAAUACUGGACUUCAGAUUGAAAAUAUUGGUGACAGAAAAUUGAUCAGUGAUAAAGUCCUGAAGGCAGAGGACUUGGACUCUCAUGAUCCAAACAUAACAUUUAUUAUACGAAGAUUACCAUCACAGGGAUAUUUUAUAAAAGAUAAAGGUCAUGAUAGAAUUGUGAAUAUGACAUAUAGUGCAAAUUUUACUCAGUUUGAAAUAGACAGUCAGCAGGUUUAUUACAUUCAUACAGGUACGGAAGGUAAACGUGACAUCAUCAAGUUUGACGUUACUGAUGGAUUGAACCCUUUGAUAGACCGAUACUUCUAUAUAACUAUUAAAGGCAUGGAUUUGAAUUAUCCUGAAGUUUACAAUAAAGGAGUUAAACUACCAGAAGGAGGCAGAAUAAAACUAACAACAGACUUUUUACGUGGAAAAGACGUUGAAAGUCCAGAUGCUCUACUCAUUUUUAGAGUGACAAAAAUUCCAUCUCAUGGCUACAUCUAUAAUACUGACAACCCAUACGAACCUGUCACUUCAUUUACACAGUUAGAUUUAGCUGGGAGUAAGAUUUGUUAUAUACAUAAUGCUCAAUCAGAAAUUAAAAUGGAUUCUUUCCAGUUUGAAGUUACAGAUGGACACAAUUCUGUCAAAAGGACAUUUAGAAUUGCAGUUACAGAUGUUGAUAAUAAGAAACCAACACUUGUGUUUGAUACAUUAUUUCUGGCAGAAGGUGGAAAUAAAUUGAUAUCGUCAUUUGAAUUAAAAGCCGUGGAUGAAGAUACAAUAGAUGUCAACAUUGAAUUUGUGAUAACUCAACUUCCACUUCAUGGAAAUAUUCUGUACAAUUACUCCAGAAUUGUUACUAUGUUUACAAAUGAAGACAUAAAAAAUAACUUGAUUACAUAUCAACAUGACGGAACGGAAACUUCAAAAGAUGCUUUCUCCUUCACGGUUACUGAUGGAGUACAUUCUGACUUUUACAUUUUUUCAAACAUGGAGCACCCUACUAAACAACCUCAGACCAUACCUAUUGAAAUAAUGCCAAUGGACAAUGGUAUACCAUACCUUAAGAUCAACAGUGGCUUGAAUGAACUGACCUACUUGGACCAGAACACCAUUGGUGCAACAAUUAUUGAUCGGAUGUUGUCUGCUACAGAUAGAGACAGUGAAAUAGAGUCCCUGUUGUUUGAGAUUACAGUCCCUCCAAAACAUGGUUACAUCAGAGUCAACAAAGUAAAGGCUUCAGCAUGGACACAGGAUGACAUUAACAAGAGAAUAGUAGAAUACAUUUUGAAUCCCAAUGAAGAUGCCACCAGUGACACAUUUUUCUUCAAAAUCAAAGAUCAAGGAGGAAAUCAGUUAUCCAACCAACCAUUUACUAUACAGUGGUGCUGGGUGUCCUUCAAACAUCAAGAGUACAAAGUGACAGAGAACAACAAGUAUCUAGAAAUCCAAGUACAUAGGAGAGGCUAUCUAGGGGAAACUGUUUAUGUGGGUAUUACAGCUGAAAAUGGAACAGCUAGAAUAAAUAAAGAUUUUGGACAUUGGUAUGCACCAACCAUACAGUUUAAUCCAGAACAAACAGAGAAGACAUGGAAGAUACAUAUGAUAGACGAUGAACGAUAUGAAGGAACAGAAUACUUCAACUUAAAGUUAGAUAAUCCUGUUAUGACUGUAGUGGAACAACCCAAAGAAGCCAGGGUCGUCAUAGAUGACAAGGAAGACGAGUCAAUGAUAUCAUUCACUAGUCCUGAAUACAGGGUAGCGGAAGACAUAGGAGAGAUUAUGGUCCCUAUAAAGAGAACAGGAGAUCUGUUAGAUGAAUUAAUGGUCGUCUGCUGUACCAAGUCAGUAACAGCAACAGGUACAACAGGAGAUAUGAUAAACUCUGGAGCUGAUUACAUAUCUCGCUCAGAAGAUCAUCAUAGUACUAUCAGGUUUGAUGUCGGUGAGGAUACCAAAUACUGUAAGGUCACCGUUAUAGAUGAUUCUAUGUAUGAAGAGGAGGAAAGCUUUCAUGUGAUACUGAUGGAAACAAUGGGAGGCAGGGUCGAAGGUCAGAACUGGACAUCUGUUGUCAUAGAGCCAGACUCUGCCGAUGAGCCCCAGUUUUUCUUCAGUUCACAAGAGUUUCAUGUUGAUGAAAGUGCUGGUCAGCUAGAAAUAUCUGUCAAGAGAGAAGGAAGUGACCUGUCCAAACCAUCUAGUGUCACUGUAACAUCUAGACAAACUGACCCAACAUCUGCUGAAGCUGGAGAUGACUAUGUAGCUGUCAACAAAAUUUUAAACUUCCCACCAGGAGUGACAAUAAAAAGUAUUAAUGUGACGAUCCUUGAUGAUCUUGGACAACCUGAUUUAGAAGGACCAGAGAAAUACCAACUUGUAUUGAGGAUGCCUAUGGGAGGAGCUCUUGGUAGUCCUAAAAUUGCUACAGUUGUUAUAGAUGAUACUAUUUCUGAUGCUCCAGUUAUGGAAUUUGAAGAAUCUUUAUAUUUUGGUAAUGAGAAGGAUGGUCAGAUGACAGCAGUAAUCAUCAGACAUGGCGACCUUGACCAUGAUGCAACAGUAAGAUGUUACACUAGACAGAAUACAGCUACAGUGGCUGAGGAUUAUAUUGAAAGGCCAGACACAGAUCUUUCUGUUGUAUAUUUUUCACCAGGUCAGAGACAUGCAGACUGUAUAGUAGAUAUAGUUAACGAUAGUGUGUUUGAACCAACAGAAGAAUUCCGUCUAGUCCUGGGGAGUCCUACUAGUUCUACGACCAAAGUAGCAUUAGUAGGUACAAGGAAUAGUACAAUAUUAAAGAUUAGUAAUCCUGAAGAUGAACCAUCAAUAGAAAUCCCCAGUAGACAAUAUAUUAUCAAUGAACCUAUUAUCAAAGAUGAUAUUGCCUUGUUGAAGGUACCAGUAGUUAGGACUGGUGACCUGUCUGGUCUGUCAGAAAUUGUUAUCAUGUCAAAAGAUGGGUCAGCGGAAGCAGGCAGAGAUUACAAUGGAUUCUCAAAAGCUUUGACCUUUCACCCUGGUAUAUCUCUCGUCAAUGUUGAAAUACAAAUACUGUACGACAAGAUCAAAGAGAAUCGUGAAACGUUUAUUAUUUUGCUGACCAAAGACAGAUAUAAUGUGGCUGAAAUAAAGAAUUCCAGAGCUAUGAUCUAUAUUGAAGAAAACAGCAAGAUGGCUGAUGUAGUUUUCCCUACCAAACCAAUAGUUGUAUCUCUGAAAGAUUAUGAUGAUGUGUCCUCUGCUGACGACAGAAUAAUCAAUGGCUACCCUGUUAUUUGUGUCUCUUCAUGUAAUCCAAGACAUCCAGAUUUUCCGACAACAGGACCAAUGUGUGAAACUCAGGAGAUCAAUGAUACACUUACUAAAUUCCAAUGGCAGGUGGCAGCACCAACAACAACAGAUGGGGUAACAAGUCUGCUAGAGGAUAUUGUGUCAACUACAUUCUUUGCUUCAACAAGAGGAAUAACUCUGGACAGUGUAUAUUUCAAUAGCGGAAGUAGAAUUAGAUGCAUUGCUCGUGCUGUCAAUGUUAGAGGAGAACCAGGACAUACUUACCAAAGUGACCCUGUCAAGGUCAAUGGGAAACAAGGAAUUUGUCCACCAAGAGAAGUCAAUACUGUAGGAGCAGAUCCAUUCACAGCUAAAUUGAAAUAUCUAGGACCACAGUAUGGCAGUGAGAGUGGUAAAGUCCUUAUAACAGUGAAGGUCCCACAUCAAGAUGGUAUGCUUCCAGUCGUGUCCACAUGGCAGCCUUCCAACUUUGAAUUUAUUUUAAGUCCUGAUGCAUUAAGGCAAGGCCAGCAUCAGUGCUCUAAUCUGAUGGAUUAUUCAGAAUCACGCUUAGGCUUUGGAUUUGUUUCUAACAGGACAAAGAAUCCAUUUAUGAUCGGUGAAAUUGAACCUUAUCAGAAUAGUGGGGAUCUGAGAACAGCAAAAACUUUGAGAUUUUACAGUAAUUUAGAUUACGAGUCCUGCCAGUGGAAAUUUCAGGGUAUAUUUGAUAUGACAUCACUCGUUACCGUUUGUGAGGGAAAAAUAGCUGCAGAUGGACAGCCCCUUGAUAUCAAGCAAUCCUUUAUGACCAUGAGACUACCACUAUAUGUCUCCUAUGUUUUCCACUCUUUAUCUGGAGACAGAGGGUGGAGACAUAUAGACACACAGACAGAAUUAGAAAUGACCUUUGUGUACAAUACAGCUGUAAUGUGGGAUGAUGGGAUUACAUCUUCAAGGUCAUCUGACACUGAUGGGUUGGAAGGGUCAUUAUUUCCUGCUAGCAUGAAAAUUACUAACAACCGUUUGGUAGUGACCUUCAGAACAAAGGCUAGAUUCAGAGGGCAAUUUGUUAUGAAUUACCCUGACUCACCAUAUCAGUCAUCUGUAUCAUGUGUAGAAAAUCCUAAAAUGACCUUCACAUUGAGAAUGCUGCGUAGUUCGAAAACUUAUGAUAAGGCAGACCAACUUUGGCAAUUUGAAUCUGACUUUUCUAUGAAGGACUAUUCUGGAUUAUACAAAAUCAAUCUGGUUCCCUGUACAAUAUCAGCAAGACAGGCAUAUGAUCCUCCAAUCAAAUGUCAACCCCAACACAUAAUGACCUUUGACCUACCAAUCAGAUUCCAACAAGUCAGUGAUCCAGUGCCAUCUAAGUAUACUUUAAAUUCCAAAUUUAGAUUGAUGAGGAAGAGAGAUUUAUGGCUGUCUGAAGAUAAAGAUGAAGUAGAAGUUGACAUGGCAUUUUCUCCAGGUGAUACACUGUAUGGUAGAAUAGAUUCAUCAGCUGACCUUGGACAGAAAAUUAACCUUGGUAUAGACAAAGUAUUUUUAUGUUCUGGAAAAGAUGGUUAUAUACCUAGAUAUGAUCCAGAAAAUGACCUAUACGGAUGUCUUGGACCAAAGGAUAAACUUGAACAUUCACUUAAAAUACUUGAUCCAUUAGCACAAGAUACGGUGGAUACCAGUGUGGAUGGGAUACAGUUUAAAGUUCUGCUGGCCAGAGACGACCCUAGAGCCACUUCUCUAGUACAACAACCUGGAUCUGAUGGAUUUUCUAUUGAUACUCAACCUUUGUUUGAGGCUGACAAUGAAAGAGUUUGGUUUUUACAUUCUGUUUACUCAUUAAAAGCAGACAGACAGAAGAGAGACCUUGCAUCAGAAGGGCAAAACAUUGAUCAACCGGGGACUGGAACAAACAUGAUCAGGAUCAGAACAACCACAAGACCUCAGCCUAAUGCUGAUCUGAACCUUUCUAGAAGUGUGGAUGAGAAACCACCGAGCACUACACUUCUGCCAGUUUUGAUUGGCCUGUCAAUACUGUUAAUAAUUAUUUUAAUUCUCUUAAUUGUUUUGAUCAGAAGACAUAAGAAGCGAUCUUCACCGCCACCAUCACCAACCAGUACAAUCACGGUUGUUGAUAGGAAAGGUAAAGUUAUGGUGGUUCAUCUACCUGAUUCAAAUUCUGCUGAUCAGAGAUCUGAAGUUUAAGAGUUUAUAUAGAAACCAUCUAUUUAUAUCCAUGAUGCAAUACUUAACAAUCAUGAUAUGCUAUGGUUAAGAUCAGUAAAGAUUUUCAAUCUUUUUUUUGAUGAUGUGAAAGAUCUGUUGAACAAUAGUUACUGAAAUCAAGUACAGCUUAUAUUUAAAAGUGAGGUGAAUUUGUCAACAUUUGUGGCUAACUUGUAAUGUAAUGUAAAACAGCAGGACUUUUUUUAAAGAAUGGUGUUGAUGAAAUUUGAAUUAGUCAUUUAACUGAAGAUCUAUCCUUUUAGAGUCUGCUUUCCAAUGCAACUGAUCUCAAAGAAUUAUAUUGAAUAUUAAAAAGAAGUAAAAAAGAAAGGGUAAAUAAGUAUUGCUGAAAACCUGUAAAGGUAUAGUAUUGGGCAUAGAGGGUAAAAUACUCAUAUAGUAUAAAUAAGGAAGAUAUAGAAAUGAAUUGAAAUGGUGAACUCAAUUUUGUGUUUGAAGUUGAUAGCUUUUCCCAAAGACAAUUUAGUCAAUGUUGAUUUAAUUACAAAAUAUUAAUCCCAUAAGCUCCAACUAUAACAGAAGUUUAUAAAUUACUGGAAUUUUACAACAUUGGAAUUAGACUUUUAAACCAAACAUUCUAAAGUGCCAUUGUUUUGUACGUAAUAUAUUCUUUUUCUAGAUUUAUUUCAGUAUUUUUGAUACAAGGAUUUACUUAUUCUUAUCAAAUUAAAGUUUUCAAAUAUAGAUUUAAUAGUUUUGAAGUAAACUUUGUAAUGAAAGCAAUAUUUCUUUGACAAUCUUACCCUUUUUAUUAGUUUUUUUUUUAUAUUUUAAAUCUUCCAACGUAUUUGAGGACUUCAAGCAUCUGAACCCUUUUGAAUAAUAUCUAUGCAUAUUCUUAAAUGAUUGAUGUCAAUAUAUGAUAAAACUUUGUUGGAAUGACUACAUCAUAUUUAAACUGUUCCUGAACUUUGCCUGAUAAAAUACUGAUUAUUAUGAUAUAUUUUUAUGCAAUAUUACAAUACUACUUCAUCUUUGCUAUAACCUACCAAACAUGGAUACUUUAUAAAAGCCAGAACUUGUUGGUCUCUUCUUACAGAAUUGUUUUUUGAAUUGAUAUUUAUAAGGUAGUAUUUGAAUUUUGUUAAGCUUUAUUUGUAACUCAAAGUAUGUUUUAAUAUGUAUUUAUGUUAGUGAGUAAUUGGUUUUAUAUAUUGUGAGCUGAAAAUAUUUUACAAAUAUAAUGAUAUGGGACAGUGUGUGAAAGUGUUAAGUGCUUGUGACAAGUGCUUACUGAAUAUAUGUUCAGGAUGUAUUUAUUUUAUUUAUUUCAUUUUCUGUUUAUACCAAAGACUAUUUUGAUACAAAAAUCAAAACUUGAUUGCCAGUCAUCCAUUAAAGAAAUACUCAACAUCAUUAUUCAUUUAUAUUUUUAACAUUGAUCAUGCUAGGAAAAAUAUAGUAAAUGCUAAUCAUAUUUCAAAAUAGUAGGUUAACAAUUAUUUAUUCUUGUGUAUUUUCAAUCAUGCAGUUUAGUUUUUUAGUUUGAAAAUCUGGUACCCAUGAAGUUUUGCUCAGAUUUAACAGUUGAGGUAAAAAAUUGAGAAUUAAAGUGGUCAAAGGAAAGUUUAAUCUGAGUGGUAAAAAAGAACCUAUCACAAUGUUCUCUUCCCCAGAAGAUAUCUAAUUUAUAUAUCUGUUAAUCUCACAUAGAAUUCCAUGCUUAAUGUUUAGAUUUUAUAAGUAAAGAACAUUCCCAUUCCUUUUAAAAGUGCAAUGUUUUUUUUAUUUGUUGUGUAGUUUUCAUAUCUUUUAUUUACAAAAAACUUUGUGUUACAAUAGUGCUUUGCUCCUUUCUCUUGUUCUAAAGGUUAAAAGAUGAUUUUUUUUUUCAAAAACAACUUGCAAUUAAUUUUUCCUAUAUAUCGAAUCGAUUGUUAUCCUUGGACAUCAAUUAACUUAAAGGAUUAUUCCUUUGUCCAAACCUAGAAAGUACAUCUUUUUAUAUCACUAGAUCAGUAUCUUAGUUGUCAUUUAGGAUUGCUCUUGCUCACACAGAAAUUAGAAAUGUUAUUUACAGUGCAUCAUGUUUAUUUUUUUACAAAUUAUUCAAGUUUUUUGCAAUUUUUAUGUGUAAACAUUGUGCCAUAUGGUUUAUUUGUGUGUUAAAUCAACUUAUUUGUUUACAAUCUUGUGCAUCGGGUAACAUUUUUUAUAUAAACAAUCAAGACACAGUUUUAUUUACUGUUGAUUCAUUAUUGUUCGUUGGAUACUGAAUUUCAUGGAUUUCCUAGCAAAAGGUGAACUGCGAAUUUAAAUGUUCAACAAAGAACAAUUUUUUCUAGGGGCUUGUGUGUAGACUUUGGAAAAACCACAAAAUCAAAUAUGGUAUCCACGAAAAUACAAUUUUUCCUCAAUCAAUGAAAAUUUGUACCCACGAAAAUAAAUGAAUCCACAUGCUUAUUAUUUAUUCAGAUACUUGUUAAUCAGUAACAUUUUCUAAUUUUCAUAAAAUAAUUCAUACAUCAUAAAUGAUUUGAAGGAAAAGCUAAUAUUACAUUGUAAUGUCAUUGUACUGUUGUGUAUGUGUGGUUGUGUAUUUGUAAUAAAUGUGAUGAAUGUUAUGAUACAUUAUUUGUUUAUGAAUUAAUUAUGUGUGUUAUAUUUAUUCUGACUGUUGAUCUUUUACUUGUACAUUUGAUUGACUAAUCAUAUAAAACAUCCAAAUAGUCAUUCAAGAAAGGAGACGUGUAGUCACUGCGAGGUCAGUGCAUAUGUUUGGUCUUAAAUCUAUCAUCUUGUUAACAAACUGAAAACAUUUUAGAAUUUUUCUAAAUAUUUUUUUGUUUUUCUAUCUGGUUAAAAUAAAAGUAAUACAGUACUAUCUUAUAAAUUAACAAUAUGUGUAUGUCUAUUAAUAUGUUUUGUCAAUUUAUUUUUACAUUUAGGAAUUGAAUUAUUUUCCUUCUCCUAAGUGUAAAAGAAAUACAUCUAACCUUGUUUCAUACUAAUGUUUUCUUUCUUCACACCCUCCAUACAAGUAUAUGCUUUUUCUGCUCAUUAUGCACCAAAUUUGAUAUUUAUAUUAAACGAUAUUUUGUCUUUAAUAUUUCUAAUAGAAGUGCUGAAUGCCAUGUUUUGACUGCACAUGCCUAAUAUGGCAAUGUAGCUUUUGUUACUUUUAAGUGUUUUGUAUUUUUAACAUGUUUAAUUAUUAUGUUUUUGUUAAGAAUACUCAUACUAAUCUACACCUUCACAUCAUGUCUACCUAUUGUGGAUACAGUCACUACCGCAAUAAAAUGGUUUUUACAAUAAAAUUAAUUAUUUA